GUAUCGACCUUCGAUCCAGCCAAUGAUUGGAAAGUUGGUAAAGUUCGCUCUGCUGUUACUUCCUUACACGUCCAGCGUAUUGUCUACAGUAGUUCACGACCGUCUGAGGUUUCACGUGGUGUUGAAGAAAAACAUCUUUGAACUGACAAAAUGGCAUCAGGAAAUGUUGGCGAUGUGAAGAAAUGUUUGUCCAAGUUCAAGGACAGGUCAGAGACCACCGAGUGCCUGAAGCUGACCAACUUCAUCAAGUGCCUGGAGAGCUGCGACUGCAAGCAAUACAAGACUACAGUCGAGGCCUCCAUAUGGGCCAUCUUUCAGGAUAAAGCGAAAAAGGUCGCCAUCGACAAAAUAGCUACCGAUCUUAUUAAUGAGGUAGCCGCAGACGUGAUCGCCAAAAAGAGGAAGCAAACCAAAGGGAGAGCACCAGUGGAUGAUCCUGAAGUCCAAACGUUGGCCAAUGAAAUCAGGGCUAAGAUUGCUGCUAAAGCUGGGGAUGAACAAAAAGCCAUAAAGGUUGACGCAACAACCGCCCGUUUAACAGACGCCUCGGGGUACACUGGCUCACACAAGGAAAGAUUCACUGCUGAUGGGAAAGGGAAGGGUAAGGAGGGUAGGGCUGACGUGGCUGAAAACACUGGAUACGUUGGGAACUACAAGGGUGCUGGCACUUUCGACAAAAAACAUUAAUUUUUGUGUCUCAAAAAUUAAACAAAUACAUGUUUUUGUUUUGUAAUUUUUCUUCUUCAUCUUUUGUGAUCAAUGUUUUUUUUUUAAACCUGCAAGUACGUUAAUUAAAACAUUCCAAUGUAAUCUUACAAAGAUUUUAAACUGAUUAGAAUUAGCUUGUCUAAAUACAAAGCUGCUAUAGUUAAUAAAUGUCAACUUUACUAUUUCUUUAAGCCUUUUGUAUGACAGUGAUAUAUAUAUCACCUGUUUUUAUACUUCAUCUUAUUUUGUGUUCAUUGAACAUUUUAUAUAUACACCAUAAGAUUCCAUCCAUCUUAUAACUUUUUUUUUAAAUGUGUAAAUAUGAAUAAAAUAAACAGUUAAAACAACCA